CUAAGAUUUCCAACAGAACCUAAACGCAUCAUCUCAGAAUGUCCCUGAAGGCAGCAGGAUCUGUGCUUCUCUUCAAGUUUUAUAAAAGUUUUUAAUAAAACUGUGACUAACGAAUCAAACUGUUAAACUAAAGGUCCAGAUGAAUGCUGCCCUCAGCUUCAGAACAGUUCCACCACAGAGAGGAGCUCUGACAGAACCCAAAGCAUGAUGGGAGGAGUCCCUCCCCCACCUGAGCCCAGGUGAGGCAGGUGUAUAAAGGAGCCUUUCUCUCGCCUCCAGCAGCUUCACACACUGACAUCUUUGUCACAAACUGGGAUUUCCUGCAGGAAGAUGGAGGCACUGCUCACACUCUGCAUCCUGCUCAGCUUCACUGCUUCAGUGUCGACUCAGACCAUCACAACCACCAUCAGAACCAACAGCUCAGAACCUCCUGAACCCAACACCACAACUGGUCCUGGUCCUGGGGUCACCACUGAUGGACCAACAACACAAACCAACCAGACCACCAACCUGGCCUCUGUCUCUCCUGAACCCAAAACCACAGGAGACACCAGAACCAGUAACACCUUAGUUACUGAUGGGUCCACCAACCCAACAAAGCUCAAUCUUACCAUCGCAACCACCUCUCCCAACACCACACUGGACCCAAACAAUGGUUCCUCCGAGACCACAACCAGUUCUCCUGAAAACACAACAGAGACUGGAACAACAGUAACACCAAGUCCCAACCAGACCCGGACCCCUGACCAGACCAGGACUCCAAGCUCAACCAUUCCCCAGAAAUUGACAACCCAGAACUCAGUCCAAACAACGACCCAGAACUCAGUCCAAACAACGACCCAGAACUCAGUCCAAACAACGACCCAGAACUCAGUCCAAACAACGACCCAGAACUCANUCCAAACAACGACCCAGAACUCAGUCCAAACAACGACCCAGAACUCAGUCCAAACAACGACCCAGAACUCAGUCCAAACAACGACCCAGAACUCAAACCAAACAACUACAAGCAGGAACCCAACUGGUACCGCCCCAACAGCCAGCAGUGCUGGGGGGGUUCCUGGAUGGGGAGUAGCUCUGCUGGUUCUGACUGCUUUGGUUCUGCUGCUGCUCCUCCUGCUGCUGUUAGCCCUGGUGAGACCAUCAUCUUUCUACUUCCUGUGUUUAUAUUCUACUUAG